GUGUGGAAUAAGUUCAUUGAAUUUGAACUAUCCCAGCAAUAGUGGAGCUAUCUCACUUAGAUUUAUGUGCAGAUUCUGAGAUUUCCUACCAAAAAGUUACAACAUUACAAUGACAGCUUUAAGAAGUUAGUUACCAUUUGGAAAAAGGAGAUGUUGAGCACAAGUGAGCCUGACUUGGAAUUCAACCACGAAAGUGAGAUCCAGAGUGAAGUGCAAAUAUUUUAUAAAGAUGAGGAAAUUGCCAAUGUGGCUGGAAACUUGUUGGGUUCAUCCAAUGGCCUGGAUAGGUCAAGGGCACUUCACAAGUACAUGAAAAUAGGAGAAAAGCUUUACAAGGAGUCACACCAAAUGGAUGAAAAGAUUCGUGGCUUUGAGUCAUGCAUUUGGAGAUCUUAUUUCCAUAUGAAGCCACUUGAUGACAAUCAAGUGGAAAAUUGGCAUAAAUAUUUGGAUUUUGUUGAGAAGCAAGAGGAUUUUGAUUGGGUUGUUAAACUUUAUGAGAGGUGUCUGAUUCCUGCUGCAAACUAUCCUGAAUUUUGGAUGCGUUAUGUGCAUUUCAUGGAAACCAAAGGAGGAAGAGAGUUGGCUAACUCUGCAUUGGACAGGGCAGUGGGCAUUUUUCUCAAGUCUGAGAACAUAAUGCUGGCAGAUAAGCAUAAGAUUGAAAAGGAGCAGAAUGCGCAGCUCAGAAAUCAACUUGCUCAACUGGCACAGUUGGAGCAGGCUCAGAAGCUGCAGAUACAGCAGCAAGAUUCCACUAUUCAGUCUUUGCAAAAUAUUCGUCACAAUUAUUUACGUCAACCCCUCCAAUCAACAAUGAUACGGCCGUGUUUUGCUAUUGUGGCCUAAAAUGUCCUCUACGAAUGGCAAGGUUAAAGGACAACCAAGGGAGAAGAUACCAUGGCUGCCCAAAAUACAACCAUUACAAAAGAGGAGAAAGUUGUAAUUAUUUUGUUUGGAUUGAUAAGGAAAUUAGUCGAUCAGCAAAAAGUGUGUCAAAGUUUUUGCCAAAGCAAAACAGAAGAAAGAAAAUUAUAGAUUGAAAAUGUUGGUUGUGUUGUUGUUUAUGGUAAUUUUAGCUUUAAAACUUGACAUGUUAUGAGAUUUGGCAAACCUGAAGAUGUUGGUUGGAUUGUUCAUGAGUUUUAGUUGUCGUUUGUAAAUGUAUGUAC